CUCCUUGAGUAACUACCAGUGCUUUGAACUAAAUCGAACUUGAAACUACAGGUAAUAGAAUAUAGCAAAAAGAGUGGGCGAGCGUGCGACUAUAGUGCGUAUCUCACAAUAUCCACUGUCCAACUGCCAGUCACCUACACAGAGCAGGAACACGAAUGGCCGAGCGUACGAGUCCUACGCCGGAUCAACACGACGACGGCGGCGGCACUGCAGCUGCAAUCAGCGGCGGAGACGGGUCGACGUCCAAACGUGUCCGUAUAAAUGAUGAGGUUACGGAACAUGAGUAUCUGGAUAAUGGUAGCUUGAAGCGGAGGAAGGUUGAUACCGGGGAAAAGAACGGUGCGAGCGACGAUGACGAUGAGGAAGAUGAUGAGGACGACGACGAAGAGGUUGUUGUGCCUGACAAAGUCACAGCCGAAACGGCUGGCGAUUUAUAUUUAGAGACCAUUGAUCGCAAACGACUUGAUUUCGAUUUCGAGAAACUGUGUUCCGUGUCGCUUUCAAACGUCAAUAUUUACGCGUGUCUAGUAUGUGGAAAGUAUUUCCAAGGACGAGGAAAAUCAUCCUACGCCUACUUCCACAGCGUCGACGAAGACCACCACGUCUUCAUCAACCUGCAAACCCUCAAAGUCUACAUCCUGCCCGAAUCCUACGAAGCAAAGUCCGCGACUCUCGAUGACAUCAAGUACGUCGUCAACCCGACGUUCACCAAAUCCGACAUUGCAAAGAUCGACAAAGUCCCGGUCGAGGCGCACGACUUGAACUUCAAGCCCUACAGACCGGGAUUCGUGGGGAUGAAUAAUAUCAAACAGAAUGAUUAUCUCAACGUCGUCAUCCAGAGCUUAGCGCACGUCGGCCCGUUUCGCAAUUUUUUCAUGCUCGAGAAUUUCGAAGGCAAGCCGGAGCUGGUGCAGCGGGUUAGUAUCCUGAUCCGCAAGCUGUGGAAUCCACAUGCGUUCAAGGGACAUGUGUCUCCUCACGAACUGCUGCAGCACGUCAGCGCAAUCUCAAAGAAGCGAUUCAGAAUCACAGAGCAAGCGGACCCCUUCGACUUCCUCAGCUGGUUCCUCAACAACCUCCACCUCGCUCUAGGCGGGUCCAAGACCAGAUACCAUUCCAGCUUCAUCCAAAAGAUCUUUCAGGGAAAAGUCCGCAUCGAGUCGCAGCGAAUAACAGUCCACGCCGACGCGGGCGACCGGCUGCGGUUCGAGGCCGAUGCGCAGAUCCAGGCGAACGAGAUGCCGUUCAUGUUUCUCUCGCUCGAUCUCCCGCCGGCGCCGUUGUUCCAGGAUGACGCGGAUAAGAACAUCAUUCCGCAGAUUCCGCUGCAGUCUAUCCUGAGUAAAUACGACGGAGUCACGACUCACGAACUUGCCGGACAUCGGAAGCGGUAUAAGAUUACCGAGGCACCGCCGUUUGUGAUGUUUCAUAUCAAGCGCAUUAUCAAGAAUAACCUCAUCGAGGAGGUUAACCACACCGUCGUCACUUUCAAUUCCUUCGCCUUGGAUAUGGGACCCUACAUCGAAGGCGCAACCGAACCAAUCCUCUACGACCUAGUCGCAAACGUGACGCACGAGUCAGUGGAAGACAAGCACGUGUACAGCGUACAGGUGAAGGACAAGAGCCGUGACGAGUGGCUUCGGAUUCAGGAUCUGUACGUCGAAAGUAUCCGUCGCGAAAUUCUGUUUCUGAGCGAGAGCUAUAUACAGAUUUGGGAACGGCGGCGGUGAGUACGUUCUCACGAGGCGAGUAGACGAAUUGUAAGAUACACUGUUACCACAGCAUGUUAUACCAACGACAGAAAAGCAGAUAGAAGUUUCAAAUAUAUAUAUUCAUAUGCUA